AUGGAUUCCAACCGCAACAUCCACUCCGACGAGGAGGUGAUCCUGGCCGCCAGCCACCCUAAGAAGCGCGCCGGCCGGAAAAAGUUCAAGGAGACCCGCCACCCAGUCUACCGCGGCGUUCGGCGCCGGAGCUCCGGCAAGUGGGUGUGCGAGGUCCGCGAGCCGGCGGAGCAGCGGAGGAUAUGGCUCGGGACUUACCCGACGGCUGAGAUGGCCGCCCGAGCGCAUGACGUGGCGGCACUCGCAUUACGUGGCCGCCACGCAGCGUGCCUCAACUUUGCCGACUCGGUGUGGCGGCUGCCGGCGCCGGCGACGGCAGACCCAGCUGAGAUCCGGCGGGCGGCGGUCGAGGCGGCGGAGGCAUUCCGGCCGGCGGCGGCGGCGGAGGAGGCCGCCGGGGUAGGGGCUUCGGAAGAUCAGAGGGCUGACGCGGGGUGGGGCGGGGAGUUUGAGGUGGCGGAGGGGGGUUUGGGGGCGCUGAUGUCGCCGCCACGGUGCGAGCCUACCAGCCAGCGCCUGCCUCGACCCGUUAGUUGCGGCCAACUGCGAGAUCUGGACGACGCCCGUAGCGCCGCCGCCCUGAUUCCCGGAGCUGCUUGUUGCUCUCUAUCGAUGGGCCACCAUAGAUCUGAGCUGCAAGAGUCAUCCGUACGGAGAUUCGGUCAGCCAUCCUUCAGCCGCCGUGUAUCGAAAUAA